UAUUUUUUAGAUUCCCUGAUUUUAAUAUCAAACCAUGCGCCUCACUUUGGAUGUUCUCUUCAAAAUUUAAAGGUAACAAAAGAAACAAGAUUUGGAUUAGCAUCUAAAAUAACAUUUAAAUGUAAUAUGUGUCUUUCUACUGAGACUGUGACAACAGUUGAAGAUUUCGAAGAAAUCAAUAAAAGUGCUGUCUUUGGCAUUACUAACGUUGGGUCAGGAUAUGCACAUUUAAAUGAAUUCAAUUCUUCUUUAAAUAUACCAACAUUAUCCUCUAAAACAUAUAACAAGAUACAGGAUAACUUAUCGGACCUUUGGGAAGAAGCGGCCCUAGAAGAAAUGGCAAAAGCUGCCAACGAAGAAAAAAGAUUAGCAAUAGAAUGCGGCGAACUAAGUAAAGACGGUAUCCCUUUAGUUACAGUCGUUUGUGAUGGUGUUUGGGCUAAAAGGUCAUACAGAAUGAACUAUAAUUCAUUUAGUGGGGCUGCUGCAAUUGUGGGUUUCAAAACAAAAAAAGUACUAUUUUUAACAGUGAGAAAUAAAUUUUGCAUCAUCUGCAAAAAAUAUUCCACUGAUACACCACAACAUAAUUGUUACAAAAAUUGGAACGGUUCCUCAAGUGCUAUGGAAGCUAACAUUAUUGCUGAAGGAUUUAUUAAGAGUAUUGAAAUGUAUGGAUUAAUUUUUAAUAAAAUGGUUGCCGAUGGAGAUAGCAGCUGCUAUGAUGCUAUAUUGCAAAAGGAUCCAUAUAAAAAUUUUGAUAUUUCUGUUCAGAAGGUGGAGUGCCGAAAUCACUUGCUGAGAAAUUAUCUCAGAAAAAUAAGAGGCCUGACUCAACAAAAGGAUUCUGGGCCUUUGCAACUCCGAAAAGAAGUGAAGUAUGAAAUUAUAAAUCAACAGUAUGAAAUUAUAAAUAAAUCAAUUACCUACGUUACACGUCCAUGAAGUGAUAAUUAAAGUAGGUACUCGUUUAGAUGUUCUUGACUCGGCUCCUUGAUCGCAUAUAAGAUCUACUCGUAUCAGUUCGCAUAUAAGAUCAAUUAAUGAAAACCACAAUUGGUAUUAUCAAAUUCAAGGUCAAUUGCAUGUUACAAAAAUGGAUUUUUGCUACCUUUGCGUUUGGACUCCAAAAGGAAUAAAAAUAGAAAAGAAUCCAAGAAACCAGGUAUUCUGGACCCAAAAAAUGGAAGAAAAAAUAAAAAUAUUUUAUUUGGAGUAUGUUUUGCCUGAAAUUGUUGACAGCAGGGUU